GCCUGCGGUGCCUGCGGUGCGUCUGCCCUGUGGAGCCAGGGUUAUAGCCGUGAAGGCAUCCACCAUGUUUCUCCUGUGAGAACCAUGCCGUCCUGCUCUUAAAACACCUGCAAGAAAGGACACUUCACUUUUCUGUUAAUAAAGCAGAUAGUUCACUCUGGUGUGAGAACCAACAUUCCCAGCAAUGGCCUUACUCCCAGUGGUGGUGUUUCUCAUUACUAUGCUGCUGCCAUGUGUACUCACUAAUGGAAAGGAUCCAGCAUUUACCGCUUUGAUAACCACCCAAUCUCAAGUGCAAAAUGAGAUUAUAAAUAAACACAAUCAACUGCGGAAAUCUGUCACCCCUCCUGCCAGCAAUAUGCUAAAGAUGGAAUGGAGCAGAGAAGCAGCAGUAAAUGCACAAAAGUGGGCAAAUAGGUGUACAUUAGUACACAGUAAUCCAGACGAUCGAAAAACCAGCACCAAAUGUGGUGAGAAUCUCUAUAUGUCAAGUGACCCUAGCUCCUGGUCAGAUGCAAUCCAAAGCUGGUUUGAUGAGAGCCAAGAUUUUACCUUUGGAGUAGGACCAAAGAGUCACAAUGCGGUUGUUGGACAUUACACACAGCUUGUUUGGUAUUCGUCUUAUCUUGUUGGCUGUGGAAUUGCCUACUGCCCCAAUCAAGACAGUCUAAAAUACUACUACGUUUGCCAAUACUGUCCUGCUGGUAAUAAUGUGUAUACAAAGAACACUCCUUAUAAACAAGGAAUACCUUGUGCCAGCUGCCCUGGACAUUGUGAAAAUGGACUAUGCACCAACAGUUGUGAGUAUGAAGAUCUCCUUAGUAACUGCGAGUCUUUGAAGAAUACAGCUGGCUGUGAACAUCAAUUGCUUGUGGAAAAGUGCAAGGCUACUUGCAGAUGUGAAGAUAAAAUAUACUAAAACUCACGCAUUGUGCAGGACUAGUGGAAAACAGGUGCACCAUUUGGUUGAGACAAAACCAAGAUAAAAACUCUAGAUAGGUUAGAUAUAAGUUAGAUGCCAAAUAGAGGUACUACAUAGUCUCCUGGAUAUUUAGAAAAAUUUGAUUUGUACAGCAAUUUACAAAAAGAAGCAUUGUCUAUAACAUCUGUGGACUUUGAUAGAGCAUUCAUUCUUUAAAUUUAAUGAUUUGAAUCAAGAUCAGAAUUUUGAAGGCUGUACACUCAUAGGACUUAGGUCACUAGAGAUCAAAUAAAGAAUUACAUGUCUCCUGAAGCACCAUGAUAAAAAAAGAAAAGACUAGCAUCAUCAUUAGUCCUGCUGCAUCAUAUUUGACCUAUAGAAAUUCAGAGGAUGGCAUCUUCAUUUGUCUUAUUGGUUUUGUUUUUAAAAACGUAGUCAACUUUUGGAAUAAAUAAUUUAGCUCAGC